AAAAAAAAAAACAAGAAAACCAAACCAACAAACAAAAACCCACACCACUAAGCAGUACUUUAGUACUCUGCAUCUUGAGGACUACUUACACCAGGCUCGUGUCAGCCUAUCAGCUUUACCUCCGUCUCUCUGUCCCUCUGUUCUCUCCGGAGACAGGGCCUCUAUGCUCUUCAGACUGGCUGUGCAGCCCGCAGGGUGGCCUUGCUUUUACCUCUUAAGAUGCCCUCCGCACCCGCGCAGGACCGCAGGCUCCCGGGCGUCGGGAACGCGAGCUCUUACGGCGCAGGAGGGCGUGCGGCGGCCGCACGCGUGUAAGAAUCUCCGGCGUCGGCCUUCGGCCGGCGGGAGGAGCUCGGGUCCCGCUCAGCACGGAAUUAGCUGCGCCCGCGCUCAGUGUGAAGCCCGUCCUGCCGCGGCUCUGCACAACGGUCGGCGAUUUCCCCGCGACCCCGUUUCCAGCGGGACGCGCGGAUCGGCGCCCGCGGGGCCGGGAGGGGGACACAGACGGCGGGCGCCCGGGCUCCGGACCCGGCC